AUGGAGCAAAAGGAAGGAGAAAACUGGAGGGAACUGGUGAGAAAGAUGCUUCCACCAGGUGCUUCAAUCCCUGAAGAUGCUGCUGAACUUGAUUACUCUAUAGCUAUGGAUGAGGGCCCUCCUGUCUCUUAUGACGUACCUAGGGUCGAACCCCUUGAUGUUAAUCCACAUGGAAUCCCAACUGCAGAAACGCUAUCUGAAUCACAAAGAUCGGUUACCAGUACCGGUCCACCAGUUAUUGAACCAAUUCCUCUGCCUGUGUCUCGUAUUGCUGGUGUCACAAGUUCCCCUACCCAAAGUCCAAGGGUAUCAGGAAGCUCAGAGUCCGUAGUGUCUGUCUUGCAAAACCAUGAUUUUUCUUCAGCCUCGCCUUCAGCCUCUCCAGGUUCAGUUCAUAAUCCUCCAAGUACCCGUCCCAAACAGGUUGUCAAUGAAGUAAAGCGAGCUCCCGUUGUCACUUUUAAUACUGUAGAUAGGUCAGAGAGGAAAGAGGUUGAUGCUGAGAAGCCAGCUUUUCCAGCUUAUGUUGCUGUUUCUAAGGAGAAGAAGAAAAAAAAGAGUAGAGCUUGUUAUCGUUGCCAAAAAGGAAAAUGGGAAACUAAGGAAUCGUGCCUGGUUUGUGAUGCUAAGUACUGCAGCAAUUGUGUGCUUAGGGCAAUGGGUUCCAUGCCCGAAGGGCGUAAGUGUGUGACAUGCAUUGGUCAGCCAAUUGAUGAAUCAAAGCGGUUAAAACUGGGUAAACAGUCAAGGGUAUUGUCCAGAUUGCUUAGCCCAUUGGAAGUCAAGCAGAUAAUGAAAGCAGAAAAAGAAUGUUCUGCUAAUCAGCUUCGGCCGGAGCAGCUUAUAGUGAAUGGAUUCCCUCUAAAGCCAGAAGAGAUGGCUGAAUUACUUGGAUGUCCUUUACCUCCAAGGAAGUUGAAGCCCGGUAGAUAUUGGUAUGAUAAAGAAUCUGGUCUCUGGGGAAAGGAGGGAGAAAGACCUGAUAGACUCAUAAGUUCAAACCUAAAUUUUAACGGGAAACUUAGCUCCGAUGCAAGCAAUGGAAACACUGAGGUCUACCUCAAUGGCCGAGAAAUUACAAAGCUUGAACUCAGGGUCCUAAAGGUAGCAAAUGUGCAAUGCCCACGUGACACCCAUUUUUGGGUCUAUGAUGACGGACGCUAUGAGGAAGAAGGUCAGAAUAAUAUCAGAGGAAAUAUUUGGGAGAAGGCAACAACUCGGUUUCUCUGUUCCCUAUUCUCUUUGCCUGUGCCUCACGGUCAACCUAAUGGACCAAGAGAUGAGCCUAGCAACUAUACCACUGUUCCAAAUUAUUUGGAGCAGAAAAAAGUUCAGAAGCUGCUUCUCCUUGGACUUCAAGGGUCUGGGACCAGCACAAUCUUCAAACAGGCCAAGUUCUUGUAUGGAAACAAGUUUACUUCAGAAGAACUGCAGGAUAUAAAGCUGAUGAUCCAGAGUAACAUGUACAAAUAUCUAAGCAUUCUGCUUGAUGGACGAGAACGCUUUGAAGAAGAGGCUUUGUCUAGGAUGGAAGGACAUGGUUCUCACGAUCAAAACGCUGAAGCAGGUGGUGAGGUCAACCAAGAUGAAACUACUCAAUGUGUCUACUCGAUUAACCCGAGGUUGAAGCAUUUCUCUGACUGGCUUCUAGACAUUAUUGCUACUGGAGAUCUAGAUGCAUUCUUCCCUGCUGCAACACGCGAGUAUGCUCCAUUAGUUGAAGAAGUGUGGAAGGAUCCUGCUAUUCAGGAAACAUAUAAAAGAAGAGAUGAGCUUCAUUUCCUCCCUAAUGUUGCAGAGUACUUUUUAAGCCAGGCUGUUGAGGUAUCUAGCAAUGAGUAUGAACCUUCAGAACGAGAUAUACUAUAUGCAGAAGGGGUCACUCAAGGAAAUGGAUUGGCUUUCAUAGAAUUCACUCUUGAUGAACGGAGUCCAAUGUCUGAAACCUACACGGAAAAUACUGAAGCUCCACCCCCGCCUCUAACCAAAUACCAACUUAUAAGAGUGAAUGCGAAGGGAAUGAAUGAAGGGUGCAAGUGGGUGGAAAUGUUUGAAGAUGUACGUGUGGUAGUGUUUUGCGUCGCUCUGAGUGAUUAUGAUCAGAUGUGGGUUUCCCCAGACAAUAGUGGCAGUGGAGCGUUACUUCAAAAUAAGAUGAUACAGAGCAAGGAGCUCUUUGAGAAUAUGGUCAGGCACCCUUGCUUCAAGGAUACCCCUUUCGUAUUAAUACUAAACAAGUACGAUCUCUUUGAGGACAAGGUCAAUCAGGCGCCAUUAAGUUGUUGCGAAUGGUUCAAUGACUUUAGUCCGGUGAAGCCCCACCACAAUAAUCAGUCACUGGCCCAGCAAGCUUACUUCUACGUUGCAAUGAAGUUCAAAGAUCUUUAUGCUUCCAUCACAGGCCGAAAGCUUUUUGUGUGGCAGACUCGGGCAAGGGACCGAGUGACUGUCGAUGAGGCAUUCAAGUACAUAAGGGAGGUUCUGAAGUGGGAUGACGAGAAGGAAGAGAACUACUAUGGCGGACCAGAGGAUUCGUUUUACAGUACAGACAUGAGCUCCUCACCUUAUGGAAGGCAGGAGUGAUGUUGCUUUAUAUCUUUACAUUUGUGUUUGCUCUUAAUUAAAGUGAAAGGGUGAGGGCAAAUGGUAAUGCUCCUUGUGUUCUUCUCGUCGGAAUAACUGCGUAUUUUUACUCUUCAAAACAUCGUUUUUAUAAAAUUAUAAUGUUAUCGAUGGGGUCUCGGGUUGAUUUGGCAUUGAGCAUGCUCGCCAUCUCGAGUUAAAUAUAUGGAAAUGCUUGCUUAAAUUU